AUGGAGGGCAGCAGCACCCCCUCGCGAAAGAGCGGCAUCGCCCGCCCCACGAGCAGGCUUCCCGUACCUUCCUCUGCCAUUCCCCGGCCGAGCACGACGACUGCGCCGACUCCUGGACGUGCCGCCUCUGUCCGCUCGAAACCCUCGCGAGACAGCCUUUCGGGUGGCGUCACUGCCGGCGGCUUGAGCUCGGCCCGGGCACCUCUGCCCAGGAUCCCUCCCUCGAGAGGGCUCAGGUCCACUGCCUCGAUAGACCAGCUCCGCCCCAGCACCACCACCGGUCGCCGCGGUGCGCCGCCUCCGUCUCUGCGCAACGUCGCCUCUCGUGAUCGCCUCUCGUCGUCGUCCGGUCGGACAUCUCGAAGCUCUCUGCCCCCGCAAUCGCCCUACACUCCGCAGUCGCCCGGUUUUGGGCCAUCAGCCACCACGCCCCAUCGUACGAGGAGCACAGCAGCCGUACCCCAGACCGAUGACGCCAUCGUCAGGAAACGAACGGCCGGCCUGUCGAGACGGUCGUCAGCCCUCUUCUCCGACGACGCCUUCCGCGAGGAUGAUCUUGCCCCAGAGGAUGGCUCUGACGCGCUCUCCGUCCAGCUCACGCCGAGCAAGUCGCGCAUGUCGCUUGCUGAGCGCACCGUGGAGACGCUGGCUAGCAUUCCGCCUUCCCCCGCCGCGAGGAGAAAGUCGUCGGCCUUUUAUGAUCAGUCGCCGUACCGGUCACUGUCACGGCCCAGGUCCCGUGCUGAUAGCUCGGCGUCCAGGCCCGGAUCGGCACACAACUCGGACGGUUCGAGCAGGGUCCCCUCCAGGGCCAGGAGUAACAGUCGCCCGGGCUCUAGCUCUGGCACUAUUGACCCGCUGCAGCUCAACUUCCGCGCUUCGACUACCAGCUCGUUCAAGACAUCCUUGGCCACUAUCACGGGUACGCCCCCUAACGUACCAUCCGUCAGGAAGGUAGCCUCGCGCGCGUCUCUCGGGGGACCACCGACCUCGAGAAUGCCGCCCUCUACCCCAUCCCAGGCACCCAGAAAGCCCUACGGCGCACUGGGCUCUUCCGCAGCUGGCGGGUCUCGCUCCCUAGCUGACCGGCCAGCCAAGCCGCCUGCGUCGUCCGGCGCGCUCUUCAAGAACCCAUCGCUAUCUGCCAUUGACGCCGCCGCUACUGGCGACUCGGGGUCGUGGGAUAGCACCAUUGCGCCUGCCGCUGCGAACACAGACCAGGCUGACGAGAUCGUGUCACCGCGUGUGCUAUCCAGCCGCAAGUCGUCAGCAGCGCUGCGCGAUCAGAUUGCCAAGGCCAGGGCUGCUAAGCGGGCAGCUGCCGCCACAGUACAGGAAGAGCGUUCUGCGGGCCGUGAUGGCGGCGUGGACAGUGACAUUGGUGAGGCGGCGCCCAUAGUCCCUGGUGACGAUAGCUUUGACUUUGGCAUGUCUCACGAUGACCCGUUCAACCUCAACAAGGGCGUGGACCCGGGAAAGAAGGUUCUCGAGGAGAAGGUGGCGGCCGCCCGGACAACGGGCAGGCUGAACAUUGCCGCCUUGGGACUCAAGGAGAUUCCCGCCGAGGUCAUGAACAUGUACGACAUGGCGGGCAACGGUGGCUCCUGGGCGGAGAGCGUUGACCUGACAAGGCUUAUCGCUGCCGACAAUGAGCUAGAGAAGCUCGAGGAUGCCGCCUUUCCGGAUGUGUAUCCUGGCAUCGCCUCGGCAGACUUCUUUGCCGGCGGCGAUGACGAGGCUGCCGCUCAGGGGAGUAUUUUUGGCGGUCUCGAGACGAUGGACCUGCACAACAAUCUCCUUGCCGACGUGCCACUUGGAUUCCGUCGUCUACAACACAUGACGUCUCUCAACCUGACUUCAAAUCGUCUGUCUAACGGCAGCAUCGACAUCAUCUCCCAGAUGACGUCGCUCCGUGACCUGAAACUGGCCAAGAACAAGUUCUCCGGCCCUCUCAACCCUGACCUGACCAAGCUAGCGUCGCUCGAGAUCCUUGACCUUCGUGAGAACGAUGUGUCUGCCCUGCCGCCCAACAUGGGCGAUAUGCCACGUUUGCGUGUGCUGAACCUGAACGAGAACAGCCUCGAAUCGCUGCCCUUUGCGGAGCUGGCCAGACUGCCGUUGACUGACCUGCAGGUGCGCAAGAACAAGCUGUCGGGUACACUGAUCGAGGACCCCAUCGGCGCCCUUGCCCAGCUGCAGACGUUGGAUGUGUCGGCAAACCGUCUCACGAGCCUCGUACCUCUCGGGACCGAGAUCAGCUUCCCCGUCCUCCACGCCCUCUCCCUCUCGAUGAAUCGCUUGCAGGGCUUGCCGGACAUGGCUACAUGGACGAGCCUGCUCACGCUCAUGGUAGACGAGAACAACAUCUCGGACAUCCCCAGCAGCUUCACCACGCUGGAGAAGCUCCGCCACGCCGACUUCUCGAGCAACGACGUCCGUGUGGUGCCUCCCGAGGUGGCCAGGAUGGACAACCUCACCGUGCUCCGGCUGAGCGGUAACCCGCUGCGUGACAAGAAAUUUGCCUCCAUCUCGACAGACGAGGUCAAGGAUAUCCUGGCCGCCCGCUUAGAGCCGCCACCGCCCUACGAUGAGCCGCCGGUAGCGGAGGUGAUACAACCCACGAUGUCGGGAUUCGCUGCCGAUGCCAAGGCGUUUCCCGAUGGCGGCGACGACAGCCACUCGGACAUGGACGCCUUCGCAACGCCGCCGACAUCUGCGCCCCAUUCGCCUGCCCACUCACGGGUCAACAGUGGCGUCGAUGCGGUGAGGUCACGGUCGACCACGGUCUCGAACAGUCAGCAGAUGUGGCCCGUGAAGCAGGGUGGCGUCCUGGAUCGGUCACGCACCGAGUCCUCCUCGCUCAACGCCGCUAUAGUGGCCAAGGUAGCGGCAGGCCACAAGGUCAGACAGGUGAUGCUCCAGUACAACUCGUUCUCGUCCAUACCGACACCACUCGUCUCGUUCGCCGAGACCUUGUCCGUCCUUUCCUUGGCCGGCAAUCAACUGGCCGGCUCCACCUACCUGACGGAGCCCAUGGACCUCCCCUCGCUGCAGGAGCUCAACCUGUCAUCCAACCGCAUCACCAGCCUCGAGCCUCUGGGUCAGCACCUCCGCGCUCCCUCGCUCGAGAAGCUCGACGUGUCCGUCAACCGCAUCAGCGCUCUUCCCACGUGGAGCCUGAGGCAGACGUUCCCGCAGCUCAAGAUCCUCCUCGCAUCGAACAACCAGAUCGCCGACCUGGAGCCCGAGAUGAUUCGCGGCCUCAAGAUUGUCGACAUCUCAAGCAACGAUAUUGGCCGGCUCAACCCCAAGAUUGGCCUGCUCGGCGGAUCCGCUGGGCUGGAGAGGCUAGAGCUGUCGGGAAACAGGUUCCGCGCUCCAAGGUGGGAUGUGCUCAGCAGGGGCACCGAGGCUACGCUGCAGUGGUUGCGCGGUAGGGUCCCAGCUGAUGACAUGGCCGAGUGGAAGAGGGAGAAUGGCGAAGAGGACGACUUUGCCGAUGUGGAUUGA